UAAUAUAUUGUCGUUAUACGUAUCACGUUAUAAAUGAGCACAGUUUAGGGUCAAGCUCUGUAUUUUAUCUUUAUUAUACUUAUAAAAUAAUUAUUUUAUUUACCUCAAAUUAUUUAUGUUUAAAAUGUUACGCUUUAGUUACUUAUAUUAUCGUUUUGUUAUGAAAUAGUCACCUUGCAGUCGAAUAAUUUUUUUUUCUAGUUUAAGGUGUAAUUAGUUUAAAAUUUUUAAUAAAAAAUUUAUUUUUAUCUCAGUUAGCUGUGAGGACGAUGUCUAUGGUGGGUACACUGAGAUACUUGCAGUUGAAGAAGACAAAAAUGAGGAAAUUGUUGAUGUUUUGUCCUUUCAUUCAGAAAAACGAGAAGACUCUAUUUAUCGAAAGGUGCCUGCAGCGGAAGAUUCACUUGAAUCCUCUAACAGACCCUUUUCAGAAGGAGAUCAAUUUAGAAGAUCUUCAUGUGCUUCAACUCUGGAAAAAACAGUUCGUGGAUGCACUUACAUUGGAAAGCCCUGAAUCUAGGAAAUUAAACAAUGCGCAUCUUCGGAUAGCAAGAAUACUUUGGCAGUCACUAAUUGUACCAUGGAGACUACUGUUUGCCUUUGUGCCUCCUUAUCAAAUUUCCCAUGGAUGGAUUACCUUCAUUUGCUCUCUACUUUUCAUCAGUGGGAUAGCUUACACUGUUACAGAGCUGACUGAUAUUAUAAGCUGCGUCACAGUGAUAAAUGCUUAUGUCAUAGCAUUUACAGCAUUAGCUGCUGGAACAUCAUGGCCGGAUUUAGUGGCAAGUAAGAUUGCUGCUGAACGUCAGUUAACGGCUGACUCUGCUAUUGCAAAUAUUACUUGCAGUAACUCGGUGAACAUUUACGUAGGCAUUGGCAUCCCAUGGCUGAUAAAUACUGCAUACAAUUUCAUUACAUAUGGAGAACCAUUGAGGAUAGAAAAUGCGGAGGGACUGGGGUUCACUUUGAUGGUGUUCUUCUCAACUUCUGUGGGUUGCAUUUCGGUUUUGGUGGUUAGGCGUCUAAUACUGGGCGCAGAGCUUGGAGGUCCUAGGUUUUGGGCCUGGGUUACUAGUGUUUUCUUUAUGUUGCUUUGGCUUAUAUUUGUGGUGCUAUCUUCCAGUUUCUGGCAUCAUAUAAUAUGACAUUUAUUUAUACAUACUUGAUUUAAUUUUUCCCUCUAUCCACCGGCGAAUCCAAAUGGGGCCCUAUUGGAAAUUUGCAUGUUUUUCCCCUCUACUUAGGUCCUUUUAGCAUGAUUUUUUUGGGUUUUGGCCCCAAUUAUUUGCAUUUUUAUAAACUGGUUUUGCCCCUACUCAUACCGCUAUUUGUAUUGUAUUCCCAUGUCCAUUUCAUGGAGAUCCAUGGGUGCUUUCUCUAUAAUAUUAUCUCCAGAAUGAACUCAGACCCUAUAAUAGUUUCUUCAUUUUUAAACCAGCACUUACUAGUAUUAUUGUACUUGUAAUUUCUAGCCUCUCUGUUUCCCUUUUUAAGGAUAUCCGAAUCAAACUUAGUUUUAGUUUUUCUAUUUAAUUUUUAUAGUAUAAAUGUUUUAUGUUUAAACUAGUAAAAAAAUAGGAUAUAAGAAUUAUUCUUGAAAAUCGAUGAACCAAAAUGGAUGGAACCUAUAAAAAUUCUACAAGUUCUUUUCUAGAACCAACCCGAACUUGGCUAAUUUCCAUUAAACAAUGGAGAAACGGCCAUAACGGUUACAAAGCUGGAAAACCAAGACAAAUUUAGGAUAUUAAAGAAAUUUAUUAGGCGUCAAGAACAAGAGCUCAACAAGGAGUGAGUGAGUGCCUUUUGAGCAACCUAUUCUACCAUCAAACAGCUACUCAAUGCAAAUUGAAACUCCAUUCUUUUAAGAACUGACAACAAUCCUCAAACCUCAAAACCACCACAUAUUCUUUGCUUAAGCAAGGGCACCUGUACAACCUGUGGCAGGAGCAGUUCCAACUUUUGCACUGCUGUAUUUCUUG